GAUAGUGAUGAAGAUGAUGAGGUGGUGAUGAAGGAGGGGGGUGAUCAGUAUUCAGCUCUGCCUUGCUUUGUCCCUUGCUCAGGUCAGAGGGCGGCAGGAGGCGGGGCUACAUGGGUCACCUGACCAGGAUCGCCAAUCACGUGACCCAGAGCAGCGAGAAGGGCCCCAACCAGGGCGUGACCUGUGACAUCAUCCGAGGCCUCCCGGAGCCGGACAGGCAGCGCUGGGAGCAGUUCGUCUCCGGGCCCCUGGCGGAGAUCAACAAGAGGAACACGGUGGAGCUGGUGAGGGGCGUGGGGGGGUCCGGGGGGACGGGAGGGCGUGGUUCCCGGGAACGCCAGGGCGUUGUGGACAAGCUGCUGAAACGGAGCGUUUGGGAGCGAGAGUGUCCGGACGCCCCCUGGUGCGCACACAUUGUCACCAUCAUGAGCGUCAUCUCCUUCAUCACCAUCGCCAUCACAGUCAGCCCCUUCACAGUCAGCCCCUCCAUCACCCCCGUCACAAUCAGCUCCUUCAUCACCAUCACCCCCUUCACAAUCAGCCCCUUCAUCACCAUCACCCCCUUCACAAUCAGCUCCUUCAUCACCCCCAUCACAAUCAGCCCCUUCAUCACCAUCACCCCCUUCACAACAGCCCCUUCAUCACCAUCACAAUCAGCCACUUCAUCACCAUCACCCCCAUCACAAUCAGCUCCUUCAUCACCCCCAUCACAAUCAGCUCCUUCAUUACCAUCACCCCCAUCACAACAGCCCCUUCAUCACCGUUACAAUCAGCCCCUUCAUCACCCCCAGCGCCACCUUCAUCACCAUCACAAUCAGCCCUUCAUCAGCCCCUUCAUCAUCACCAUCACCAUCAGCCCCAGGCGUCAUCUCUCUUAUUUUGGUUUCUUAACUUUGGCUACUUUUCAUGUGGACAUUUGUCAUCGUCUUUUCUUCUGUAAUCAUGGUACGUUUCUAUUGAUAUC